AUGAGCGAGGUCCUAGUGAUAACCUGCCCCAGUGGCAAACAAUGCUCCCUCCUCAUCCCUCUCCUCUACAACAAGGGCAAAUUCCACCUCCGUCUCGCCGCACACUCUGAAGCCUCGGCUCAAAAGCUCAAGGCUCAGUACCCAGACGCCGACGUCGUAACAACAGACCUCCAGUCCCUAUCUGACUGCCGCAAGCUCCUCCACGGCGCAACGGCCAUCAACGCCGUCCUGCCAAGUCUACACUCUCACGAGAAAGAAAUCGGUUUCAAUCUGAUCGAUGCGACCGUUGCUGAGUCCCGGCGUGAGGGAAAUGUAAUUAAGCAUUUCGUUUUCUCGAGCGUUCUUGGGACACAGCAUCGGAAUUUGCUGCAGCAUGAUUUGAAGAGUUAUGUUGAGGAACGACUGUUUUUGAUGAUGGGUACUGACGAAUUGAAAAGUUCCUAG